CAUACGUUUUGUAAAAAUAAUUCAGAGAGAUUAAACAUGACUUGUAUUGUUUUUCAGAAAAAAUCAAAGUAUACUGCCACAAGGCGGCUGCUCUUAAAAAGCAAAUUACUGAAGAAGGCCACAUCUAUGCUGGCAGCUGAGAAAGAGCAGAACAGACGAGAAAGGGACGAGACUCUUAAUGAGAGGGUUCCUCCUCUCAAACUAUCUGGUCUGUCUGCACAGGAGCUUCAGGAACUUUGCAAAGAGCUUCACCGCAAGAUUGAUGUCGUUGACGAGGCUCGAUACGACCUUGAAAUAAAAGUGGCUAAAAAUGAAAAAGAGAUCCAAUCCUUGACCCAGAAGAUUUGGGAAAUGAAGGGUACAAAGCAACGAACCAAACUGAAGAGGGUUAAGAAGUCACACGAUGCCAAGCUCGAUGCACUGACUGAAUCCAAAAUGUCAUCAAAGGCAGAUUUCAAAGCCAACCUGAAGACAGUAAAAAAAGAAGAAGAGAAGAAAGAAGAGGUGACUGACUGGCGUAAGAAUGUGGAGGCCAUGUCAGGAAUGGAGGGCAGGAAGAAGCUGUUUGAUGCCGGACAAUAAAAAAGUUACAAAGUAAACACAUUUACCCGUGCUGCUGUAAAAAAAAACAAGCAUUUCGAUUGAAAGUUGACGUUGUUUACUUCUCAAGAAAUCAAAGAAAUGUGAACCAAGAUGAGAAAGCUUCCAAAAUACAUGGUUUGAAGCAAGAAAAUCCAAGGCGUACAAAUUUGAUGUCAAUUAAACAACACAAAAACUGUUCAUAAUGUUCAUAGGGUUUAAGUGUUUUUGUAGGUGACCUUAGGACUUAGUGUGUCUUUACCAGUUGUUCUUUGCUGCAAUCUGUGGACAGUCUGUACAAAUGUGUUUAUACCUGAAACUAAAUGUGAUGCUUCUGUGUAUGAUGUUAAAUACAUAAUGUAUGCAUGAGAAUCAGACUGGAAAUGAAUUGUAUGCAAUAUUGUGAAAUAGUGCUGUUCAGGAACAAAAUAUGUCUCUAACACGCUGCUAGAAGUAAAAACUGCAAUGUAAUGGCAUUCCAAAAUUAAAUGACCCCAUGCGACAAAGAAAAACGUUGUGUCACCAUGCAGUUCCCUUGCAAAACAAACACUGUCCUUGAAAUGCAUUGCUGCACUUGGUUGUGCUCCUUGAAAGUGCAUGACUGGUUUUAAGUUACCACAUGCUGUGUGUAUAUUUACCCAAAUCAAAUGUAACGACAGUAUCGUUUAUUUGUAUUUCUCACUAUAUGGAAACCCUUUGGGAACCUACCAUUGUAUGAGUACAAAAUGUAAAGAAAUAACAAAUACCGUAAUUCAUAUGUUCAUGUUGUUCCAUAUUAAACUGCUGAUUGAAGUUA